AUGGAAGGUCCAGCGAAUUUAUUGAGGGACAAACACGUCGAAUAUAUCGUACAACUUGGCAAAGCAGAUAAUACACUAGGAUUCCACCUCACAGAACACCUCCGUUUGAAUGGGAUAUACUGGGCUGUCACUUGCUUAGCUUUAUUAAAGAGAAUAGACGCACUAGAUAGACAACAAACGAUUGAUUAUGUAUACAGCUGUUGGGAUAAUAAGCUUGGUGGAUUUGGUAGCCAUCCUAAUCAUGAUUCGCACAUGUUAUCGACGUUAUCAGCCAUUCAAGUGUUGGCGAUACACGACGCAAUACAAGAAUCGGGAAUUGACACAGAUAAAGUUAUAAAUUAUAUCCUCUCCCUCCGGCCAAAGAACGAGGGUUUCUUCACCGGCGAUGAAUGGGGGGAGUCAGACACCCGUUUCACCUACUGCGCGGUCAGUGCUUUGAGUCUAUUAGGUGCAUUGCAUAAGUUAGAUGAGAAGGAGAAUGGUGUAGCCAUCAAAGAUAGAAUUGUAGACUGGUUCAAGCAAUGUAUGAACUUCGACGGAGGAUUUGGUAACAAUAUCAGCGCGGAGACACAUUCUGGACAGGUAUUCACCGCUGUAGCCGCACUCGCUAUUCUUGACAGACUUGACAUCAUCGACCGAGACAAUCUGAGCUGGUGGCUGUCUGAGCGCCAAGUAGAGAGUGGAGGGCUCAAUGGACGUCCUCAGAAGUUGGAAGAUGUGUGCUAUUCCUGGUGGGUGCUUUCGGGAUUGAGCAUACUGCAUAGACUACACUGGAUAAACAAAGAAAAGCUCAUGUCAUUCAUUUUGAGCUCGCAAGAUCCUGACAAUGGUGGAAUAGCAGACAGACCAGGGGACGUGGCUGAUGUCUACCACACAUUAUUUGGUGUUGCAGGGCUUUCGAUGAUGGGAUACCCAGAUUUAGAGCAAGUAGACCCAGUAUACUGCAUGCCCGUGAAGACGAUAGAGAGAAUGCACUUAACGAAGAGCUAUACUCUGUUGUGA